AUGCGCGACUCGAACUUCAACUUCCCCGCCCUCGGCCGCGCGUGCAUCUGCGUCUCGUCGGGCAUCUACGACCGCAGGGCGCUCGACGCACCGCCCGGGUCGUUGCCCCUCAUCAACUCGCUCACGCACCUCACCUACCUCACGGCCACGUCGCCUCGAGUGCGCGACAUCAUCUCGCACGACGGCGGCCUCGAGCGCCUCGUUCGCGUCCUGCAGCACUGCGCGCGAGGCGGGCCCGCCGGCGCCCACCUCCUGUACACGUACUCGCUCGCGUUCCAGUGCAUCGUCAACAUCGGCGUCCGCGGCAGCGAGGCGAUCCGCACGCGCGUCGUCGAGGCCGGCGCGCUCGACGUCGUCGUCUUUGUCCUCGAGCGGUACCUCGAGGACGUGCAGCGCAAGCGCCAGCAGAACCAGGCCGAC